AUGGAUACCAGGAAACUUGUCCCCAACGACCCUCGGGUCAAGUACACCAAGGCAAGCGUCAACGGCAGGGUCUACCAGUUGACCGUCGGGGAGCCGCAGGCCAUGGCGGCCAUCGAAACCGUCAUGCUCAUCCAUGGCUUCCCUGACAGCAGCUUCGGCUGGCGUUGCCAGGUUCCCUACCUCAUGUCAAUGGGCUUCCGCGUUGUCGUCCCAGACAUGCUUGGCUACAGCGGGACGGACAGACCCGAGGAUCUGCACCAGUUUUCGCUAAAGAGCCUGUCGGCAGACAUCAAGGAGCUCGCCCGCCACUUCGUCGGCGAUGGGCAGAUCAUCCUGGGCGGGCACGACUGGGGCGGUGCGCUCGUAUGGCGCGUCGCUCUGUGGCAUCCCGAGCUGCUCAAGGCCGUUUUCAGCAUCUGCACGCCAUUUGUUGCGCCCUCCCCUUCUUGGAUAGCACUCGAAGACGUCAUCGCCAUGGGCAAGUACAGCAACUUUGGCUACCAGCUUCAAUUGAAGGGCCCCGAAGUCGAGAAUGCCAUCCAGGGUGCGGGAAAGCUGCGGCAGUUCCUCAACGGCAUGUUCGGCGGUGUCGGGUCAAACGGAGAAUUCGCCUUCACGCCCGAAAAGGGUGUCCAGCUCGACAGCUUGCCAAAGCUGAAGAGGAGCCGCUUGCUUUCCGACGAGGAGCUCGACCAUUACGUCGAGCAGUACAUGAAGCAGGACGCACCUCAGCUGCGCGGGCCGCUGAACUGGUACCGAACUCGCAAGAUCAACUGGGAAGACGAGAUGCUGCUCGCAGACAGCCACGUGUCACUCGAGAUGCCGACCCUGUUCAUCGCCGCGAAAAAAGACAGCGUUCUGCUACCAUCUCUCUCCGUAGGCAUGGAGCGGCACAUGCCAAAGCUGACCCGAGCAGAGGUCAACGGCUCUCACUGGGCGUUGACCGGCGCAAGCGAGGAGGUGAACGAACACAUUGGCAAGUGGCUGAAUGGUUUGCUGGGCGGGAUUCUCAAGUCGUCGCUGUAA